CCCCAGGGAGCAGGGCGGGGGCCCGGGGCCGAAGAGGAGAUCGCCCGAGACUUCACCUUUUCCUCGCCCGUCGCUUCGAAAGAAUUAAAAAUGGCCGAGAAUGUGGUGGAACCCGGGCCGCCUUCAGCGAAGCGGCCUAAACUCUCGUCCCCGGCCCUCUCGGCGUCGGCCAGCGACGGCACAGAUUUCGGCUCUCUAUUUGACUUGGAGCAUGACUUACCAGAUGAAUUAAUCAACUCUACAGAAUUGGGACUAACCAAUGGUGGUGAUAUUAGUCAGCUUCAGACAAGUCUUGGCAUGGUUCAAGAUGCAGCCUCUAAACAUAAACAGCUGUCAGAAUUGCUGCGAUCUGGUAGUUCCCCUAACCUCAAUAUGGGAGUUGGUGGCCCAGGCCAAGCCAUGGCCAACCAGCCCCAACAGAAUAGUCCUGGAUUGGGUUUGAUAAAUAGCAUGGUCAAAAGCCCAAUGACACCAGCAGGCUUGACUUCUCCCAAUAUGGGAAUGGGCACCGGUGGGCCCAAUCAAGGUCCCACACAGCCUGCAACAGGUAUGAUGAACAGUCCAGUAAAUCAGCCUGCCAUGGGAAUGAACACAGGGAUGAAUGCUGGCAUGAAUCCUGGAAUGUUGGCUGCAGGCAAUGGACAGGGGAUGAUGCCUAAUCAAGUCAUGAAUGGUUCAAUUGGAGGAGGCCGGGGGCGACCCAAUAUGCAGUACCCAAACCCACCAAUGGGAAAUGCUGGCAACCUACUGACUGAGCCACUGCAGCAGGGCUCUCCCCAGAUGGGAGGACAAGCUGGAUUGAGAGGCCCCCAGCCUCUUAAGAUGGGAAUGAUAAGCAACCCAAAUCCUUAUGGUUCACCGUACACUCAGAAUUCUGGCCAGCAGAUUGCAGCUAGUGGCCUGGGUCUUCAGAUUCAGACAAAGACUGUACUACCAAAUAACUUAUCUCCAUUUGCGAUGGACAAAAAGGCAGUUCCUGGUGGAGGAAUGCCCAACAUGGGUCAGCAGCAGGCCCCACAGGUCCAGCAGCCAGGUCUGGUGACUCCAGUCGCCCAUGGGAUGGGUUCUGGAGCACACACAGCUGAUCCGGAGAAGCGAAAGCUCAUCCAGCAGCAGCUGGUUCUUCUUUUGCACGCUCACAAGUGCCAGCGCCGGGAGCAGGCCAAUGGGGAAAUGAGGCCAUGCAACCUUCCCCACUGUCGCACCAUGAAGAAUGUCCUCAACCACAUGACCCACUGUCAGUCAGGCAAGUCCUGCCAAGUGGCACAUUGUGCAUCUUCUCGACAAAUCAUUUCACACUGGAAGAAUUGUACACGGCAUGAUUGUCCUGUGUGUCUCCCUCUUAAAAAUGCCGGGGAUAAGAGAAACCAACAGUCAAUUUUGACUGGAGCAGCCGUUGGACUUGGAAAUGCUGGUUCUCUAGGAGUGGGCCAACAGUCUACCCCUAGCCUAAGUACUGUCAGUCAAAUUGACCCCAGCUCUAUAGAACGAGCCUAUGCAGCUCUUGGACUACCUUAUCAAGUUAAUCAGAUGCCAGCACAAGCCCAGGUACAAGCAAAAAGCCAGCCCAACCAGCCGUCUGGGCAGUCUCCCCAAGGCAUGCGACCCAUGGGCAACAUGAAUGCUAGUCCCAUGGGAGUAAAUGGAGGCGUAGGUGUUCAAACACCAAAUCUACUUCCAGACUCUAUGUUGCAUUCAGCCAUAAAUUCUCAAAACCCAAUGAUGAAUGAAAAUGCCAGUGUGGCCUCUCUGGGUCCUAUGCCAACAGCAGCUCAACCAUCCAGUACUGGGAUUCGGAAACAGUGGCAUGAAGAUAUUACUCAGGAUCUCCGAAAUCAUCUUGUUCACAAACUCGUUCAAGCCAUAUUUCCCACUCCGGACCCUGCUGCUUUAAAAGACAGACGGAUGGAAAAUCUAGUUGCAUAUGCUCGAAAAGUGGAAGGGGACAUGUAUGAAUCUGCAAAUACUCGGGCGGAGUACUAUCACUUGCUUGCGGAAAAGAUAUAUAAAAUUCAAAAAGAACUAGAAGAAAAACGAAGGACUAGACUGCAGAAACAGAGCAUGCUCCCAAAUCCUGCAGGCAUGGUUCCAGUUCCCAUGAAUCCAGGGCCUAACAUGGGACAACCACAAUCAGGAAUGACUUCCAAUGGUCCUUUAUCUGACCCAACUAUGAUCCGUGGCAGUGUGCCAAACCAGAUGAUGUCCCGGAUAAGUGCACAGCCGAGUGCUCGUUCUCAUACGGUGCAUGUGUUCACAGAUAUGAAUCAAUUUGGCCAGAUGGGCAUGGCUCAGCCACCGAUGGGCCCCCGGCAAACCUCUCCUCUACAGCACCACGGACAGUUGGGGCAGCCUGGAACACUCAACCCGCCUCUGGGCUACGGGCCUCGCAUGCAGCAGCCUUCCAACCAGAGCCAGUUCCUUCCCCAGACUCCGUUCUCAGCUCCGGGAAUGAAUGUAUCCAGUAUGCCUUUGGGGCAGUCCAGCGGGCAAGCACCUGUGUCACAAGCACAAAUGUCCAGUUCUUCCUGCCCAGUGAACUCCCCUAUAAUGCCCCCAGGGUCUCAGGGGAGUCACCUUCACUGCCCCCCACUUUCUCAACAAGCCCUGCAUCAGAAUUCACCCUCCCCUGUACCAAGUCGAACCCCAACCCCUCACCAUACACCACCAAGCAUAGGAGCUCAGCAGCCACCAGCAGCAGCAAUUCCAGCCCCAGUUCCUACUCCUCCAGCAAUGCCACCUGUGCCACCAUCCCAGGCUCUCCACCCCCCUCCAAGACAGAGUCCCACCCCACCAACAACGCAACUUCCUCCUCAAGUUCAACCUGCACUUCCUGUUGCCCCUUCGUCUGACCAGCCCCAGCAGCAGCCACUUUCCCAGCAGAGUACAACGGCGGCCUCUUCCACACCAACAAGCGCUUUGCAGGCCCCACAGCCGACCUCUCCACUUUCCCAGCCAGGUAUAAGCAUUGAAGGUCAGGUAUCCAACCCUCCCUCUACUAGUAGCACCGAAGUGAAUUCUCAGACCAUUCCUGAGAAACAACCUUCCCAAGAAGUGAAAAUGGAGGCUAAAAUGGAAGUGGAACAACCAGAACCUGCAGAUGCUCAGCCUGAGGAUAUUCCAGAGACAAAAUCGGAAGAUUGUAAAGUGGAAUCUACAGAAACCGAAGAGAGAAGCACUGAAAUAAAAGCUGAAGCAAAAGAGGAGGAGGACCAGCCAAGUACCUCAGCCACCCAGUCAUCUCCAGCCCCAGGACAGUCUAAGAAAAAGAUUUUCAAACCUGAAGAGUUACGGCAGGCAUUGAUGCCAACAUUGGAGGCACUUUACCGGCAGGAUCCAGAAUCCCUUCCCUUUCGUCAGCCUGUGGAUCCUCAACUUCUAGGAAUCCCUGAUUAUUUUGAUAUUGUUAAGAGUCCCAUGGAUCUGUCUACCAUCAAGAGAAAGUUAGACACUGGACAGUAUCAAGAACCUUGGCAAUAUGUGGAUGACAUUUGGCUUAUGUUCAAUAAUGCUUGGUUGUAUAAUCGGAAGACAUCGCGGGUGUACAAAUACUGCUCCAAGCUGUCUGAGGUCUUUGAACAAGAAAUUGACCCAGUUAUGCAAAACCUUGGGUAUUGUUGUGGCAGAAAGUUGGAAUUCUCUCCACAGACACUGUGUUGCUAUGGCAAACAGUUAUGUACAAUCCCUCGAGAUGCCACUUACUACAGUUACCAGAACAGGUAUCAUUUCUGUGAGAAGUGUUUCAAUGAAAUCCAAGGGGAGAGCGUUUCUUUGGGGGAUGACCCUUCCCAGCCUCAAACUACAAUAAAUAAAGAACAGUUUUCCAAGAGAAAAAACGACACACUGGAUCCUGAAUUGUUUGUCGAGUGCGCUGAGUGUGGAAGGAAGAUGCACCAGAUCUGUGUUCUCCAUCAUGAGGUCAUCUGGCCAGCUGGUUUUAUCUGUGAUGGCUGUUUAAAGAAAAUUGGACGAACUAGAAAAGAAAAUAAGUUUUCUGCUAAAAGGUUGCCAUCUACCAGACUUGGUACUUUUCUGGAGAAUCGUGUGAAUGACUUUUUGAGGCGACAAAAUCACCCUGAGUCAGGAGAAGUUACAGUUCGGGUAGUUCAUGCUUCUGACAAAACUGUGGAAGUCAAACCCGGCAUGAAAGCAAGGUUUGUAGAUAGUGGUGAGAUGGCAGAGUCCUUCCCAUAUCGAACCAAAGCCCUCUUUGCCUUUGAAGAAAUUGACGGCGUUGAUCUGUGCUUCUUUGGCAUGCAUGUUCAAGAGUAUGGCUCUGACUGCCCUCCGCCCAAUCAGAGGAGAGUAUACAUCUCUUACCUGGACAGUGUCCAUUUCUUCCGCCCUAAAUGCUUGAGGACUGCUGUCUAUCAUGAAAUUCUAAUUGGAUAUUUAGAGUAUGUCAAGAAAUUGGGCUACACAACAGGACAUAUUUGGGCAUGUCCCCCAAGUGAGGGAGACGACUACAUCUUCCAUUGUCACCCACCUGACCAGAAGAUCCCCAAACCCAAGCGACUGCAGGAGUGGUAUAAAAAGAUGCUUGACAAGGCUGUGUCGGAGCGGAUUGUCCACGACUACAAGGACAUUUUCAAACAAGCUACUGAAGAUCGGUUAACCAGUGCAAAGGAAUUGCCUUACUUUGAGGGGGACUUUUGGCCCAAUGUGCUGGAAGAGAGCAUCAAAGAGCUGGAACAGGAGGAAGAAGAGAGAAAGCGAGAGGAGAACACCAGCAAUGAAAGCACAGAUGUGACCAAGGGAGAUAGCAAAAAUGCCAAAAAGAAGAAUAACAAGAAAACGAGCAAAAACAAGAGUAGCCUGAGUAGGGGAAACAAGAAGAAGCCCGGCAUGCCCAGCGUGUCCAACGACCUCUCGCAGAAGCUCUAUGCCACCAUGGAGAAGCACAAAGAGGUCUUUUUUGUGAUCCGCCUCAUCGCUGGCCCUGCUGCCAACUCCCUGCCUCCCAUCGUGGACCCUGAUCCCCUCAUCCCCUGUGAUCUGAUGGACGGGCGCGACGCUUUUCUCACUCUUGCAAGGGACAAGCACCUGGAGUUCUCAUCCUUAAGGAGAGCCCAGUGGUCCACCAUGUGCAUGCUGGUGGAGCUACACACCCAAAGCCAGGACCGCUUUGUCUACACCUGCAACGAGUGCAAGCACCACGUGGAGACGCGCUGGCACUGCACCGUCUGCGAGGAUUACGACUUGUGCAUCACCUGCUAUAACACUAAGAACCAUGACCACAAAAUGGAGAAACUAGGUCUCGGCUUAGAUGAUGAGAGUAGCAACCAACAGGCUGCAGCCACCCAGAGCCCAGGAGACUCUCGCCGCUUGAGCAUCCAGCGCUGCAUCCAGUCUCUGGUCCACGCCUGUCAGUGCCGCAACGCCAACUGCUCCCUGCCCUCUUGCCAGAAAAUGAAGCGGGUUGUGCAACACACCAAGGGUUGCAAGCGAAAAACCAAUGGUGGGUGCCCCAUUUGCAAGCAGCUCAUUGCCCUCUGCUGCUACCACGCCAAGCACUGCCAGGAGAACAAGUGCCCUGUGCCCUUCUGCCUCAAUAUCAAGCAAAAGCUCCGGCAGCAGCAGCUGCAGCACCGCCUCCAGCAGGCCCAGAUGCUCCGCAGGAGGAUGGCCAGCAUGCAGCGGACUGGUGUGGUGGGCCAGCAACAGGGUCUGCCCUCCCCGACACCCGCCACCCCAACCACCCCAACUGGCCAGCAGCCAGCCACCCCACAGACCCCCCAACCCCAGCCCACUUCUCAACCCCAGCCCACUCCUCCCAACAGCAUGCCUCCCUACCUGCCCAGAACUCAAGCUCCUGGCCCUGUGUCCCAGGGCAAGGCUGCAGGCCAGGUGACCCCACCAACCCCACCUCAGACUGCUCAGCCACCCCUCUCAGGGCCUCCACCUGCAGCAGUGGAGAUGGCAAUGCAGAUUCAGAGGGCAGCCGAGACGCAACGCCAGAUGGCCCACGUGCAAAUUUUUCAAAGGCCAGUCCAGCACCAGGUGCCCCAGAUAACUCAAAUGCCCCCAAUGGGUAUGAAUCCACCCCCCAUGGCCAGAGGUCCCAGUGGACACUUGGAACAGGGGAUGGGGCCCACAGGGAUGCAGCAACAGCCACCGUGGGCCCAGGGAGGAUUGCCUCAACCCCAGCAGCUCCAGUCUGGGAUGCCAAGGCCGGCCAUGAUGUCAGUGGCUCAGCAUGGCCAGCCCUUGAACAUGGCUCCCCAACCAGGACUGGGCCAGGUCGGCGUGAGCCCCCUCAAACCAGGCAGCACUGUGUCUCAACAAGCCUUACAAAACCUCUUGCGGACUCUCAGGUCUCCCAGCUCUCCCCUGCAGCAGCAACAGGUGCUUAGUAUCCUUCACGCCAAUCCCCAGCUGUUGGCUGCAUUCAUCAAGCAGCGGGCAGCCAAGUAUGCCAACUCCAAUCCACAGCCCCUCCCUGGGCAGCCAGGCAUGCCCCAGGGCCAGCCCGUGCUGCAGCCACCUACCAUGCCAGGCCAGCAGGGGGUCCACUCCAACCCAGCCAUGCAGAACAUGAACCCCAUGCAGGCAGGUGUCCAGAGAACUGGCCUGCCCCAGCAGCAGCCGCAGCAGCUUCCACCACCCAUGGGAGGCAUGAGCCCCCAGGCUCAGCAAAUGAACAUGAAUCACAACACCAUGCCUUCACAGUUCCGAGACAUCUUGAGACGACAGCAGAUGAUGCAGCAGCAGCAGCAGGGUGCAGGGCCAGGAAUAGGCCCUGGAAUGGCCAACCAUAACCAGUUCCAGCAACCCCAGGGAGUUGGCUAUCCACCGCAGCAACAACAGCAACAGCAACGGAUGCAGCAUCACAUGCAGCAGAUGCAGCAAGGGAAUAUGGGACAGAUGGGCCAGCUUCCCCAAGCCUUGGGCGCUGAGGCUGGAGCCAGCCUACAAGCCUAUCAGCAGCGACUCCUUCAGCAGCAGAUGGGGUCCCCUGCUCAGCCCAACCCUAUGAGCCCCCAGCAGCACAUGCUCCCAAACCAGGCCCAGUCCCCACACUUACAAGGCCAGCAGAUCCCUCCUUCUCUCUCCAAUCAAGUGCGCUCCCCGCAACCUGUUCCUUCUCCACGGCCACAGUCCCAGCCCCCCCACUCCAGUCCUUCCCCACGGAUGCAACCUCAGCCUUCUCCGCACCACGUAUCCCCACAGACCAGCUCCCCGCACCCCGGACUGGUAGCGACCCAGGCCAACCCCAUGGAGCAAGGGCAUUUUGCCAACCCGGACCAGAAUGCAAUGCUUUCUCAGCUCGCUAGCAAUCCAGGCAUGGCAAACCUCCACGGUGCAAGCGCCACGGACCUUGGACUCGGCGCCGAGAGCUCAGACUUGAAUCCAAGCCUCUCGCAGAGUACACUAGACAUACACUAGAGACACCUUGUAGUAUUUUGGGAGCAAAAAAAUUAUUUUCUCUUAACAAGACUUUUUGUACUGAAAACAAUUUUUUUGAAUCUUUCUUAGCCUAAAAGACAAUUUUCCUUGGAACACAUGAGAACUGUGUAGUAACUGUUUGUGGUUUAAAGCAAACAUGCAAGAUGAACCUGAGGGAUGGUAGAAUAAAGAAUAUAUUUUUGUUAUGGCUGGUUAUUGAGCCGGUCCUUUCCCCUGUGUGUGUGGUUCAGAUGUGCACUGGGAGGGCACUGAGGUCUGUGACGCCAACUACGUGCUCUCCUCCUUGCACCUCCAAUAGGUUUUAUUAUUUUUUUUAAAUUAAUGAAAAUAUGUAAUAUUAAUAGUUAUUAUUUACUGGUGCAGAUGGUUGACAUUUUUCCCUAUUUUCCUCACUUUAUGGAAGAGUUAAAAACAAAAACGAACAUUUCUAAAACCAGAGGACAAAAGGGGUUAAUGUUACUUUAAAAUUACAUUCUAUAUAUAUAUAAAUAUAUAUAAAUAUAUAUUAAAAUACCAAUUUUUUUUCUCUGGGUGCAAAGAUGUUCAUUCUUUUUAAAAUGUUAAAAAAAAAAUCCUUUCCCUUCCCUUAAGUCAACUUUUGUGCUCCAGAAAAUUUUCUAUUUCGUAAGUCUUGAGCGUAAAACUUCAAGUAUUAAAAUAAUUUGUACAUGUAGAAAGAAAAAUGACUUUUUCAAAAUAUACAGGGGCAGCUGCCAAAUUGAUGUAUUAUAUAUUGUGGUUUCUGUUUCUUGAAAGAAUUUUUUUUUUUCUCGUUAUUUUUACAUCUAACAAAGGAACAAAUUAAAAAGAGGGUAAGAAACGAUUCCGGUGGGAUGAUUUUAACAUGCAAAGUGUCCCUGGGGUUUCUUUGCUUGCUUUCUUCCUCCUUAUCCUGCCCCCUCCCACACACACACUUUCUGUAAAACUUGAAAAUAGAAAGCAAAAACCCUCAACUGUUGUAAAUCAUGCAAUUAAAGUUGAUUACUUAUAAAUAUGAACUUUGGAUCACUGUAUAGACUGUUAAAUUUGAUUUCUUAUUACCUAUUGUUAAAUAAACUGUGUGAGACAGA